CUCAGUACUUCUAAAAAAUGUCUGCGUGUACUCGGUUCAUUUAGCAGUCUGCAUCACAUAAAAGCUUAAUUUUGCUUUAGAUUCGAAUAGUAUUUAUUUAUUUACAGGUUUUCAGCAUGGAUUUCGGUAGCUUAUUACAAACAGCAAAAGUAAAUGAUCAAUCCAAGAAGGAAGUUCGAUACUACAGCACCAAGUUUGCGCCACCUAAAAAGGAAGAGAAGAAGACUACCAAUUUGUCCGCGAACAUUCAAAAGUUCUUGGCACGGAAAGAAGCCGAAGAGAGACAGAAACAGAACGAUGCAGUACGUAAACGAAGUGAACUUCUUGCUUUGCGUUCGAAGGAUAAGAAGGCAACACGGCGUGUAAAUGUCAUGUUGAAACGUACCAAAUCUGCAAAUCAGUCCGUUAUAGAGGAUGCGGUUGACAAAGAUAAUACUGCAGUAACGCUUGUAGGCCCUUCACAACCCGAUGAAGAUGAUUACGGCUAUGUUUCACAAGAAGCUUCUGCUUUUUAUAAUAAAAUGAUGGAAAAAUACAAUAAGAUGCCGGAUGAUCCUAAAUUUCCCUCAUCAAGGAAGAAAGCUAGUAUCAACUUGACUAGUACUAAAGAUCGUGUCAGAGCUGCCUUAGAACGGGAAAAAGAAGAAGCACUUAUGCCUCAUCGGCGCAAACGUAAAACGAAAGAGGAGGAACCAGAAAUUGAAAGCACAGAGAGGGUGGAUGAAUAUAAAAUUGAGCCUCCUGUUAAAAAGAAACCCAAAAUGAACGCUCCUCCCGCUUUAAAUUUUAAUGAUUUGCUAAAGCUGGCGGCUGUCAAGCAGCACGAGCCCAUUAUGAUUGAAGUUAAACCAAAAGAAGAGGAGGGUCCGCUUUUAACUAAGAAACAAAAGAAGGAACUUGAACGGGAGCAGCAACGCAAAGACGCCAAGAAUCAAAAGAUAUUACAGCAAUCGAACAGUAAGACACCAACUAGACCUCUCCAAAACAUCCAGGAGAAAAAAGCCCCACACUCAUUACAAGUAAAUGGUAAAGUUCCCACCAGGCCUGAGUCGCAACCUCCAGAAAAAAUUAAUAAAGUUCCUCACCCUACAAAGCCUAAGCAACCUGUACCAACCAAAUCUCCGUUACCUACACAGAGGGUGGCCGCAAAACCACCUCCCCCAAGUAAAAGUGACUUACAAAAAAGAAGUUCGGAUAUUAAUUCCAGACCGAGUUUCACAAAGCCACCGGUAUCUAAGCUGCCGCCUCCUAGACCGGUUAAAAAUGGGGCGGUACCUCGAGCACAACAGCAACGUGAUAGGGAAUCUUCGGUUGCAGUAAAAUCGAAACCGCCCGCAAACACUUCGAUUAAAAAAGCACCUCCUGCUCAGCAACCCAAACCGAAACAGUUCCCUCCUCCCGAUGUCAGAAAACAGUUCCCUCAUCCCGAUGUGAGAAGGGGAGAUCCGCCACCGAAACAGAAAAUGUUAAUGAAACGCCGUAUAAUCGAUGAUGAUGAGUACGACUCGGAAAUGGACGACUUUAUAGACGACGGUCCCGAAGACAUGCAAGAUUAUUCCACUUACAUCAAGGACAUAUUCGGUUACGACAGAAAUAAGUACAGGGACAUAGAUGAUGAUGUCGAUAAUAUGGAGUCGACGUUUGCGCAACAAAUGCGCGAGGAUGUCAGGAGCACUAAGCUAGGUAUAAUGGAAGAUUUAGAAGAUAUCAGGCGGGAACGCGAGGAAAAGAAGAGAAAAGAAAUGCGAAAGAAAGGAAAGUUAUAACAUUGGGUGCAUGUGAUUUAAAGGAAGUCUCGUUUAUUUAUAUGUAUAGUGUAUUCUUUGUAUAUUAUUAAUGGAACUUUGUUUAGAACAUACAUUAUAUUUAUGCUUUUAAUUGUC